AUGGAAGAGGAAGAGGAAGAAGAAGAAGAGGAGGAAGAGGAGGAGGAGGAGGAGGAGGAGGAGGAGGAGGAGGAGGAGAACAUCGCGCUUGUUACUCAACUGCGGGCCUAAUAACCCUGCAUUACAGUGUUGCUACCUUUCUCGAGAACAUCAGCCUGAUUACGACUAAAGGUAUGGUCGCGUCCUGUCGAAUGAAUGGCGAACUGGGAACAGUCGUCAUUCCAUCUCCUCACUGUUAUUGCACGUCUGACCAUCCGCCGUCGGUGUACUUUCCCAGUUUCUCGAAGUAUCUGCUUUGUCGUAAAUGCACCAUAUCUGUCAAGAACUCCAGACGGCCGCAUGAAGUGGCGCCUGUUGAUUGCCCCCUGUGUGUGUGCAACCUAGACUCCAAGGGAUGUGAAAAGGCGGCUGACGACUUCCUAGCCUACUGACCAAGGCCUUCCUCCACUUGCCUACACGGAAGAAGGCAACUCGAGUGCGGCCCCGAUUGCGACACCGGCAGCUAUUGAACCAAGUUCUCGUUCGGAAGCGAGAUCGACAGGACGCGCUGGUAACCAAGGCAGCCUGCAACGGCGACGGCUGGACGGAUCAUCGCCUCGUCGUCUCCAAGAUGAAGAUCCGACUACAACCGCGCGGUAGGCCACAAAGUAAACAACCACCAGGUAAGCUAAACACUGAUCUGUUGCAUUUGCCUGCUCAUUGUUUCCAUUUCAGCAACCAACUGACCCAGUGACUGGAUGACAUGCAAGCUCCCGAUGAAAACCCCUCUGUGAGCGAUUGGUGGUUCUAACUGCAGGGCUCUAUUCGCUUGACCGCCCUGAGUGUUCUCAGACACGCAUGUCGCAAACAUCAGGACUGGUUUGAGGAUAACGACGCCGACAUCAGCAUUCUGCUCGCUGAAAAGCACAGGCUUCACAAGGCUUGCAUGAACCACCAAAUAGACGUCAAGAAGGCGGCGUUCGUCCGCCAUCGUCGCAUCGUUCAGUACCGACUGAGGGAGAUGCAGGACACCUUGAGUACCCGCAAAACCGAGGAAAUCCAGGGUCAUGCUGACCGCAAUGAACUCAAGAAUUUCUCAUCACUCAAGGGGAUCUACGGAGCCCAACUGAGGGGACCGCACUGCCUCUCAGCUCCGAUGGGACAAUUCUUUUAUCCGAGAACUGACAGAUUCGGAAGCGCUUCGGAAGCGUCCUUCUCUACAAUCUCCGACGCCGCCAUCGACCGACUACCUACGAAUGACGACUUGGAACUGCCGCCUUCUCUUUCAGACACAAUUCACACUCUGCACCAACUGUCCAGCAGGAAAGCCCACGGAUCGAACGCGAUUCCGAUCAACGUCUACAAGCACGGCGACAUUCGACCAAUGGAUCAACUCCCGAUGCUAUCCUCUUCAGCCUCAUGCUUCCUGCACGCCUAA